AUGAAGAAUCUAUGUACUGAGGAAAUGUGUCUUGUCGAUCAGAGUCCAGCCACACUAGAAGUAGAUGGCGGCUAUGUGCAGCGUGCCAUUCUAUUGGAGUUGCCGAUGUCGAUUCAAAUGGUGAACACGUGGAGCCGUACGGAGCAAAACUGCAAGUUAGCUGCUUGCGUUACAAGAGAGCAACCCAAGCAACUGCAGAACCAGGCUACUACGUUCCGACAUCCUGCACCACGUCGAGAAGUUGAUCUUCGUUGA